GAAAGGCUUCUCAUUGUCGGAGUGGAAAAAAACGACGUUCAGCAGACAAGCAGCAGCAGCAGCAGCAGCACGUCAACGAUUGAAAGAUGUUAUUAAUCGUGUAGUAAAACUCAGCUGUCUGCCUGUAACGCAGCCAAGUUCUCGCGUAGGUGAAAACUCAAAAAGCGAAAUGUGGUAAUCAUCUCGUGACCGAUCGUGUAAUAAACGAGUAAGCGGCUAAGCGCUGGCUGCUGGUGGCCGCGUUAUUGCGCACGCGUAAAUUUCGUCUCUCCAUCUGGGAACACUGGUCUGACGUAUCCUCCGACGGCGGAUACAGCGAGAUCUAUACGUCAAAACGGACGAGCGGCCGUAUUUUGAAGGAGUUUCCAUUUUAACCUCUCGACGGAAUUGGAUCUGGCCGUGCGGAAUACAACAUGCUGGCUCUUAUUAAUCGGAUUUUGGACUGGUUCAAGUCCCUCUUCUGGAAGGAAGAGAUGGAACUCACUCUCGUCGGACUGCAGUACAGUGGAAAAACUACUUUCGUGAAUGUCAUAGCGUCGGGGCAAUUUAGCGAAGACAUGAUACCGACUGUAGGCUUUAACAUGCGCAAAAUAACCAAAGGCAAUGUCACUAUAAAAGUGUGGGAUAUCGGUGGUCAACCAAGGUUCAGAUCCAUGUGGGAGAGAUAUUGUAGAGGAGUGAACGCCAUAGUUUACAUGGUGGAUGCUGCCGACUCGGAGAAAAUUGAAGCAAGUCGCAAUGAAUUGCACAACUUGUUGGACAAACCACAAUUAUCCGGAAUACCAGUGCUGGUUCUGGGUAACAAGAGGGAUCUACCACACGCAUUGGAUGAGAAUGGGCUCAUAGAGAGGAUGAAUUUGUCUGCGAUUCAAGACCGUGAGAUUUGUUGCUACAGUAUUUCGUGUAAAGAAAAAGACAAUAUUGACAUUACGUUACAGUGGCUCAUAGCGCAUUCGAAAAGUGGAAUUCGUUAAUGUCUUUGAAAUAUCCCAUUUGUUAGUAUCGGCGAGUCUUUGAUACUGAUAACAGUAUUGGGAUCAAUUGUAAAACGAGCGCAUUGAGCAAACCUUGUUCAAAACUGAGUCAUUAUUGUAGAAAACUACUUUUAAGCUUUAGCCGAUCUGAGUUGGAUGGUGCGAAUGCCACGAUAAAAUUAUAAAAAAAGAAAAAAAUUAAACCAAAAAAAACAAACAAAAAGAUUAUGCUUAUUGCCAAGAGUGUAUGCUCGUGUGAACUAUACUUGUAAGGCACUCACAUCCCGCGAGCACAUUAAUAAUAUAAGGGAUAGUUUUUUAUAUUUUCGUUUAUAGAUAAGCCCAAAAAUAUAUUCCAAUACUUCAUAACAAUUAAAUAUAAUUAGUAUUUCCGUAUUUUCUAUGAUUGCCGCUAUAUUGUAAAGCUGAAAUAAUACCAUCAUAAUCGCAGUUAAUUAUUGUGAUAUCAUAGUCUAGAUGUCGAUAUUCUGGUUUUAUCUUAUAUCCUCAAAAGAUACCAAGCGUUACAUGUAUAAAUUAGACAAAAUGGUAGCUAUUACGAGAUACACGCGCAAAGAUGUCACUAUUGAUUACUAUGAUACUAUAAUACACCUUCUCGAGGAACUUUAUUAAUAAAUAAAAACGACGUAUUGCAAA